AUUUUCAGCGGAAUGAAAGCAGGUUGAGCACAAAAAAGCACAAGCUGCCGGUCACACAAAGCAGAACAUGGCGAUCAUCGGAGGGAAAGUGGAAAAUCUGGAGGAAAUUCCAAGUCAUGUGUGGAAGAGUUUACCCGACUGUUUGAAACUUGGACCUUCUGCUAUAAAUCAAAGCCGCGUGGGCGUCUGGGCCACUCAGUCCAUCCCAAAAGGCCAGAGGUUUGGUCCAUUUGUUGGGGAGAAGAAAAAAAGGUCCCAGGUGACCAGCAACGUGUACAUGUGGGAGGUUUACUUCCCAGCAAGGGGCUGGAUGUGUGUUGACGCCACAGACCCCGCCAAGGGGAACUGGCUGCGAUACGUGAACUGGGCACGCUCUGGUGAAGAGCAGAAUCUUUUCCCCCUGGAGAUCAACAAAGCCAUUUACUACAAUGUUUUACGGCCUAUCGGGCCGGGCGAGGAGCUGCUGGUGUGGUACACUGUCGAAGACAACCCUGAGAUAACAGCUGCACUGGAGGAAGAAAGAGCCAGCAGCCUGAGCAGGAAAACUCCACCCGGGGCGAAGCGAGCCAGAAGAAGGCUGCCUGAGGGAGCCAGCCACGCUGGUUCGGGUGGAUUCAAGAAAGGAAGCGUAACCAAAUCUACUUUCAACGAGAUGUGGGAUGGAGAAGAAGGUCCGAAAGAGGAGGACGAGAGGCCGUCAGCCGUAGGACCCUCACAGCAACUCCAGCAAACCCUUCCCAUUAGAAGCACUGAACGUAGCAGUUUAGAGGACAUGUCAAUAGUGAUGACUCAAGGGGGAAAUGGGAAAGAGGAGGAUGCUGAGGAUUUGGAGGCUGCCUUACAACAGCAAGCCGCUCAGCGUUUACCUGCGGCUGAUUCCGUGCAAAGCAAACAGCCGGGCUCGUCGCUGACGUUCCCCGAAGAAAGCCAUAAGGAGCCACGGGGGCAGGUUGAGUCGUCCUCGCUCGCGGGACAGGAACCACGGGUUGAUCCCGAUCCCGAUCUCGACCCGGACCCGGAUGGUGACCUCGAGGGCGACCCCCACGGAGAGUCGUAUCCCUGCCAACACUGCGAGCGCCACUUCUCCACCAGGCAGGGUCUGGAGCGUCACAUACACAUCCACGCCAUCACCAGCCAGCAAACGCAACUGUUCAAGUGCCGUUACUGCAGUAAAUCCUUUGGCUCGCAGGUGGGGCGGAGGCGGCACGAGAGGCGGCAUGAGAGCGGGCUAAAGAAAAGGCCCGGCUCUCUGGCGGGCACCGCCAGUCUGCUCAGUCCGGUGAUGCUGACCGAUGCUUCAAGUCCCGACUGCACCAGCCCGACGAGUCAGUGCACAGCCAUAGGUUCCCAGUUUACUGGAGGACCAUCUCUGCAUAAGUCUGAGAUGCAGAGAAAGGAGUCGGGUCCUUAUGCCGACCAUCCUUUUAUGUUGGAUGAAAACGGGGAGUCAAAGGAACUCCAUCCUUGCAAGUAUUGUAAUAAAGCGUUUGGCACACACACAAACAUGCGUCGACACCAACGUAGAAUACAUGAACGGCACUUAUUACCAAAGGGAGUUCGCAGGAAAGGCAUGCUGCUCCAGGAGGCCUCAGUGCCGAAAAAGCAGCAGCAGCCAGACGAGUCACCUAGCACCAGCCCGCCGCCAGUCUAUGUGCCCAGCGCGGACACCGAAGACGAGGUGGACAGGGAUGAUUACGCAGUCGACAUAUCCAAAAACAUCUCUGAGAAUUUGAGCUUCUACAUUGACGGCAAGAUUGUGUCCACCAGUUCAGUGAGCAGCUGCGAGGUGAUAGAAGUGGACUCCAGGUCUGCGGCUCUGUUCGGCCUGGACAGGGUCAUCAUCGGUCCAAACCAGAUCAGUCAGGCGCUGAAGGCGGACGGACGGACCAGUGCGGCGAAGCAAAUCUCCAGCCUCGGGCAGCCGGCUGCAAAAAGAAGAACAUCCACCCCCCCAUUUGUCCCCAGCCUCAAAGUCGAGACUGAGUCGGCGUCGCUCGCCGCCUCUUCGUCGUCUUCAUCAUCCUCUACAUCUUCCUCAUCCAACCUGUUAGUUGGUGGGUUGUUCCAACAAGCUGCCGACUCUUCAGCGUUUCAACGAGAGAAAACGGUUUAUCUCUCACCAAAGCUCAAACAGCUCCUUCAGACACAAGACAUUCAGAAGUCAACCAUCGCCCUGAUAACAGAAAGCCAUAGAUUGGCCUCGCCGCUGUCCGUCACGCAGCUUCCAGGGGCUUCGGGCAGGUUCAAAAGAAGAACGUCCUCGCCCCCUUCAUCUCCGCAACUCAGUCCUGCAUGUAAAACGGAGAGCUGUAAAUCCGAGGCGGCGGGCUCAUUCGCCCUAAAGGUGCCAAAGCUGGAAAGCCUCACUGCGUUGCCUCGUGGGAGCCUCCCGGAGAAAGAAGAUGAAGACAGCCCGAACCCGUCUGACAACAAUACGCACGGCCAAACCUCAUCGAACAGCGGUGGAAACUCGUGCAAUCAGCAGCCGUUGGAUCUGUCCAACUCUGUCAGCAGGUGCCAGGACAGCUCGGUCAAGGUGCUUGGAGACUCGGCCCUUGAUUUGAGCUUCCAUCGGAAGAGCAACGUCGAGCCUGAAUCGAAGGGAGGUCCGGCGCCGCAGCCACUGGUAAAAAAGAGAAAGCCAAACACGAGCAUGCUCGAGAAGGUGCUUAUGAAUGAUUAUCUAGGUCUGCCGCCUCCAGGAGAGGAGGGCUCCUCGGCCUUAGCAAAUCUGAGUUGUUACAAUUCGCGCUCCCCGAGCAUCGCCACGGAGUCCGCCCACCCCUCUCCCCCCUCCCUGACCCCCGUCACCAUGAACCCCUCUUCGCCCGGUAACUGCAGCGUAACGUCCCCGACGCCGCCACCGCCUCUACUACCUACCAUACUGUCUCCUCCGGCUAUGCCCGGCUCCCCUCUUUCUCAGCCUUCAGACUCGACGUCCCAGAGACCUCUGCCCAUCCUCUCGCCGAAAAUGUCUCCCAGAUCAGUUGAGCGCAAUCCCCCGUCAGACUCCGAGGACAAUUUGUCUGCCGGAGAAAACGAAGACGAGAAGCAUAUCUCUAUGCCGCAGGACUUCCGCGACACUCCACUCAAAGAUCCCGUUAAACGCUCGGCGUCGUUUAGCCCCCCUGCGCCGGCAGCGGAAGAUCUGGCCGCCGCGGAAGACAACGUUUCUCUCGCCGCUAGUUCCGUCACGUUGGCAAACGGCAAAAUGAACCAAAACGAUGACUCGGUAACAGAGGAAUCUCCUUCUGCCCUCACGCCGCAGCCAGAGUCCUCCUCCUCCUCUUCUCCUACACCCGCGUCUCAUGAACCGUCCCCGUCACUGCCUUCACGGUCCUUCCCUCCGAUCAAGAUAAAAGAGGAGCCUCAGCCCGGCGCAGAUGAGCUGCCGGGUAUGAAUCACGCACCGCCGGCUGGGCCGGACUCUUCGCCUCGGGAGCAACCGUCUGAUAAAACCUCUGAAGCAGAGGGAGGCGACUCGACGUACUGCAAGACCUUUGUGUGCAACGUCUGCGAGGAGCCGUUCGACUCCAUCAAAGAGCUCAGCGGACACAUCGCGGAGCACGCUGCCGAUUGGCCCUUCAAAUGUGAGUUCUGCGUGCAGCUGUUUGGUGACGCUCCGGCCCUGCUGGCUCACCGGACGGCGCUGCACGGAGUGGGCAGGAUUUUCGUGUGCUCAGUUUGUUCAAAGGAGUUUGCCUUCCUCUGUAACCUGGAGCAGCACCAGAAGGAUUCGCAUCCCGCCGAGACGUGUUCACACACCGCUGUGGAAAGUGGCAAGCUCAGGCCACAGAACUACACGGAUCCGUCCAGAGCCAAAGAGGAGAGCAGUCCGUCAACACCGGCGCCGGAGACGGGCGACGACACGGCGCCGCACAUCGACGCGGAUUUAGCGAAAGAGGAGCCCGGCGUUAACGGUGACCACGCGGAGGAGGGGGCGGAGGAUCCCAACGAGGAGCUGUACACUACAAUAAAGAUAAUGGCCUCGGAAGGGGGGAAGCCCAAACCCCCGGACGUUCGCCUGGGCAUCAACCAACACUACCCCAGCUACAAACCGCCGCCGUUUCCUUACCACAGCCGCUCCCACGCCGGCUCGGUGGCCUCGGCUACCAACUUCACCACCCACAACAUCCCGCAGACCUUCAGCACCGCCAUACGCUGCACCAAGUGCGGCAACAGCUUUGACAACAUGCCCGAACUGCACAAGCACAUUUUGGCCUGUGCCAGUGCCAGCGACAAGAAGCGCUACACGCCCAAGAAAAACCCCAUCACCCUCAAGGAGAUAGUGAAGAGUCCAAACGGUGUCGCGGCCCCCGCGGCGGCUGCCGCAGGCCACAGUCCUUUCCGAAGAAUGGGGCAGCCGAAGAGGCUUAACUUUAACCAAGACACCAACGGGAAAACAAAAAUGAGCGCCCUUAGUAAGAAGAAAAAUCAGCUUGUCCAGAAGGCAAUUUCACAAAAAAAUAAAGCCGCCACCACUGCAAAGAAGACUCCGGUUAAAGAGGAAGAGCAGGCCUCUAACGCUUGCCCCCACUGCAGUCGCGAGUUCACCUACCCUGCAAGCCUCAGCAAACACAUGGCCUUCAGCUGUCCCAUGAAACCUGUGGUUAAACGGGGCAAGAAAGGCCUGGCGGAGGUGAAAAAAGAGGGGGCGUCGGCGGGGGACAAAAACCUCAAGCUCAGAAAGAAAGCCUCGGACUGUGACGCGGCGCAGACAGAGGCGGAGCCCAAACAGCUCGGAAAGACCAGGGCUCGUAGCUCCGGUGCGGCGGAGCCCGAACCCCCCCAGGCGAGCAGAGGAAAAGCCGCCGGCGCGCCGGGCAGACUGAAGAGGCCCGCCUCGUUCCCGGCAUCCGUUUCUGCCAGCAAAAAAACAAAGAAGGGCCAAUUUCAGUCACUACCUCCCACCCCGUCGGCCCCCGACACUCCCGGUGACGGCGCACAACACCGGCCGGCCAUGAGAAUGCAGCGUUUGGGCAAAGAGGCCCCUCCUAAGAGAUCGGCCGAGGCCAAAUCGCCGCCGCCGCCUCCACAACAACAGCUGAAGAAGGAGGAGCGGUUCUCCCUUCGAAUGAGGGAGAGAGUAGGUGGUCCAGUCACCAGGAGCUUACAAAUGGUCACCGCCGCUCCUUCUGUCGACGUGAAGACAGAAGAGGCGCCAAUUCAGGAGCCAAAAGAGACUCAGGAAGUGGUGUUGAAGUGAGCCACGUGGACCCUGUUGAGCCCCCCUGGAUGUCCCGCUCGCACCUCUCAGGCAAUGCUCUGGACUAAUCAAGGCACUGACGGCACGGAGGUCAACCUUUUGUGUGGUGGGAUUAUUCACUCAAAACAUGUGACAUCUCUCAACUGCCUUUGCUGGAUUUAAAGGAGGAAACUCUCUUUAUCUUCAUCUAUCUUACGAACUGAACUGAGCCUCGAUUUUAGCCAGCCUUGCAAAAAAAAAAAAAAAAAAUUUAAACGGAAAAAGAAACUGUAAAUGACAAUGAGUUAAUAUAUACAAUACGAGUCAUUACUUGACCCAAAACAGUAACAUUAGGGCUCCGUUAUGUUGAAAGCUGAUAUAUUGCAAAUGGCAAUCAUGUAUCAGUGAGGUUUAGGGAAAGUAGUUUAUUCUUUUGUUCUAUAUUUUUCCCAUUUGGUUGUUUAGAUUUUUGGAUGUUUCCAGUGUCUCUUAAUGCAUGUGCAGAAUAGAGCAUAAACUAGAUUAAGCCAAUUCCCAUGUCUCUCCCAAUGGGCACCUACUUCGGUUUAUACAUGAUUUGCAAAGUAUGUAUGUUUUUGAUUUGAAUUUCUUUAGUCGCUAUAUUGUAGAAUAUAUCUUACUGGUAUAUUUUUGUUUGGUAAAUGAAAAUGCAGUAGUUUACUGCAACAAUUGGUCCUCAGGAACACUGUUUAUCUGUGCGGUAAGUAUGUGUGUGGUCAUAGACGGAUGUGUGGCCUGACCGGUAUUCCUUUGGAUAACUCAAGUAUGUCAUGUUUUCACUUGGUUUCUCAUAUUCUUGGUUUCCCGAUGUCGGCAGUUCAUUUUGAGUUAUGAAAUCAUGUUGUAGUCUCCUAAAAUAUUGUCGGUCUUGAUAAGAAUUUCUGAUAACACUCUUUCAGCCCAGUGUUUCUUACAGCACUUUAAAACAUCUGCCAAAAUGUCUAGCUGUGUCGGUAAGAUUGGCUUAAUUGAACGGUGAAUAAUGGAACGCAUUCAGACACUUUGCAGACACUGGUAAUUUGCACCAAAUUGGUGCAAAACAUUCAUCCAAUCUCAAAUGCUUCUUUUACAGCCACAAAUAAAUUGUUUUUUUCCGUUAAGAAAUUUGACACAAGAAAAUGACACAUGAUCCAACUUUCAUAUGCCAAAAUGCAUGAUAAUAACUCCAAUCCGAUGAAUGCAGCCGUGUUUUGUUUUUUUCGCCCGUUGUAAGCGCUGUGAGAUGUUUCAUGUGUCGAUUUUCCUUCAGGAGCCAUAUCAUAGUAACCGAAUGACUUUCAUUCUGAGGACAAAGUCAUCUUUAUUUUUGUGCGUUGAUAAAUUUGCCUAUGGAAAGCUUAUUUUUAGUUCUUAUUUUCCAGUGCUUAUCCCACUUCUCACUCUUGACCGUAUCCAGUUGUUCCACAAGCAAGGCUUAAACGCUUGUAGCAUGCUUUGGGAAAGUAAAUUGAACAAUGUGAUUUUAAAAAACUUAAAAUUUUAUUUCCACGUGAAACCCUCAUGUUUGCCUUUCAGCAUCAAGAUUAUGUAUUCAAGGAUGAACAAAGACAAAAAUCCCAAAUGACCUCAAGUAAAACAUUGCUGUAAUUGACAUAAUAAUAAUAAAAACGUUUUUCAAAUUGUG